GGUGCCAACAUGGCGGCGCCCAGCGAGGGCCGCUCGGGUCGGCGCUCUGCGCCCUUCCCGGGUACCGACAGCGGCUCCUUCUCCUUCCCCUUCGCCGUCCCGCACGGCGCGGCGGGGGAGCCGCCCAAGAAGCCGUGCCGAGCCUGCACGGAUUUCAAGAGCUGGCUCCGCGAGCAGAGGAAGCAGACGGCCCCGGGCGGCGCGGAUGUGGCGGUUGCGGAGGAGAAGGAGCCCCCUCCAGACUGUCCCCUGGACAGCGAGCAGCUGGGCCGCAGCAGCUGGGCCUUGCUGCACACCAUGGCCGCCUACUACCCCGACCGGCCCUCCGGGGAACAGCAGAAGGACAUGAGGGACUUCAUCAACCUCUUCUCCAAGUUCUACCCCUGUGAGCACUGCGCAGAGGACCUGAGGGAGAGAUUACAGACAAACCAACCCGAUACGAGCACCAGGAGUAACUUCUCCCAGUGGCUGUGUCUCCUCCACAAUGAUGUGAACAGGAAGCUGGGGAAGCCAGAAUUCGACUGCUCCCGGGUGGAUGAGCGCUGGAGGGACGGCUGGAAGGACGGGAGCUGUGAUUAACCCGGAGGGGUUGCUCUGGGAAUCCAGCAGAGCAGUUCAAUGCAUGGGGAGUCGCUGCAGGGACAGUGGGAGUCAGUAACUCUGUUUGUGUGGGACUGAUUCAGAGCCGAACCAAUGCCAAAAGGAGAUUUGAAAAUCCUAUCCCAGUAAUAUUUUGAUAAAUAGUACCAGUAAAGUAUUACCUGAGGGGUUGAGGCCUUACAUUUGACAUAGGAAUUGCCAGAAACCUCUGAGAUUGAGUCACUGACAAACUCAUUUCAUUAUGACAUUUCCUGAUUUUGGGGGCAUUUGCUUAUUUUUGUGUGUGGAAUUCAUUUUCCCUGAACACAGUGGUGUUCUCUGCUGGCGUUGCCCUGAUGUUUUAGAAAAUGCAUCUGAUUAAUUGUAAUUUUCAUUUCUGUUUUUCUCAUGGAGAAAACUCAUGCUGGGUUUUGUGCCAAGUCUGUACCCCUGGAUUUCUCUUUCCAGGAUCUCCAACGUUUGUUGUUACUUUUGCAUCCAAUUCCUUUGAUAAAAGUCCUGAGGGCAGGUACAUUUAAUUUAAACGCUAAAAUCAUGGACCCCAGAUUUCUCAGUUUGGUUUUGUGUUUCAGCUUAUCACGCCAGAGGACACUGCAGAAAGGGAAGGGCAAAACAAACUCCUCAUCUGAGGAAUGGAGCAAAGCAUCCAUUUAAAUAUUGAAAUGAUAUUUUAAAAUGAAAUGCAAAUAUUUUAAAUGGAUUGGUAAUUUUCUUUAGAUCCAGAAGUGAUUUGGUGGUAAAUUCUAUGGAACUACUUAUUCUUAAAGCAAAUCACCUCUUUGUUUCUGGUGUGAAUCUUUGUCAUGAAAAGAGAUGGAGAAUUUUUGUAAUGAAGCAUAUUCAGCUUUGUUUGGCAUAUGGUUGUUUCUGAGAUGAAAUUCCUGAUUGGUACUUGCUGGCCUGGUUGAUAUUCUGAUGUUGUUCCAAGCUAAAAAUCUCUCUAGAAAAUGACUUUGCAGUGUUUGAGUCCUGCUGAGGACUGUGGUGUGAGCUUUGCCCAGUUUUUAUUGCACAGGGACACACAGGAGCCCCUCAGGUUGGUUCCCUCUGUAGGAACUGGGCAGAACCCAGGCUCUGGGUUUUCCUGGCUCAGCUGCAUCCCUCUAUGGAUACCUAAGUGUGAAUUCAGAUUCCAGGGAAGUAGCACUAUAAGUGCAUUUACACCACGAUGCAUCUAACACAUCUCUUUAUAAAAGGAGACAGUUGCAAAACAGAGUCAAAAAUCAUUUCAAGUUCUUCACGUAGGUCGUGAUCUCAUCCCUUCCUGCACUCCUGGCUGGGAGAAGUUUGCACAAACCGUGACAACAGCAGGUUUUUUUUCUUUCCUUCCGUGUUUCCUGCUGAGGUUUUCUUGCAUAUUUUAUUGAGCUUCCUUAUCUCAUGCCCCACAGCACACCUGUGAUUUACCCUUGGAGUUUUUCGCAAGUUUUGACUGGAAAUGUUAAUGAUGCCACUGUAAUUAGAGCAACGGCACCUCUUAUCUGAGACUUUGGUCCUCACACCACUGUGUGUGGGGCUUCUUAGUGGCUGGAGAGCCAGUAACACCUUUGAAAACACAAUUUAAUAUUUUGUGGCACAGGCAAGUCCUUUCAAGUCAGGUCUGUAAAAUGAGUAUGAGACUUUUAUGGACUAAUGGUUUCUGAACUUUCUAUGUAGUAACAUUUCUGGACACAACCCCAAAUGAACUGAUGAAAGGUACUGCAUAAAGAGUGUGACUGAAGGUGUCAUUCAAGCUCAGAAAAUUUCCCUAUCGCCAUGUUGAGGUUCUUAGGACACGUAAAUCCCAGCUCUUGGCUUUUGUCUUUUGGUAAUAAAUUCAGUCCCCAAAACGAAGCCCAUUGGGGUCCACUAGAGUGGAGAGGACCAACAAAAGGGCUGCAGCCCUUCUUUUUUACAAGUAGGACCCAAAUGAGUCAGUUCUGUCAGGACACUUUUAGCAACUGGGGGUGUGGGCAGGCGUUUCCCUCUGGAUUUAGUUGUGCUAAAGGAGGAAUUUUGUGUUCUUCCAUUCCAAUCUGCCCUCAACUGUUCUCUGUGACAAUUUCCUCGCCCACGGAGCAGAUGAUAUUUCUCCCUCAGUUGCUUCAGUGCAAAUGAGCAGGUUGAUGAAACAUCUGUCUCAUCCCUUGUCACCUUCAUACUGUCAGGGGACCAGGCUGGGGAGUUGCAGUGCCCUGUGCCAGUCCCAGGAUGUGCUGGCCUGGGCUCAGGGACCAGCAGGGACAUGGGGAACCUCCCACCACACGUGUCCACGCCCUGAGUGCAGAGAGGGAAGUGAGGAUGUAUCCAACACAUUCUGGUCACUUUGUGUGGUUCAGGGAGGUGGUGUUGGAGUGCAGGAGGAAAAGCCUGUCCUGUCCUGGCAGUGGUAGGGAAAAGCCUUCAAGCUGAAGUCAGUGUCUUUAGCAAGUGCUGCCUAGAAAUGAGGCCACCAGCUGUGGCUGCCAGGAUGCUUUUAGGGCAGUUUCUAUCUUUGCCAAGUGGCCAUUUGAUAAAAUGUGUGCUUGCACUCUGUUCUCUCAUGGUUUUGGCUUGGCAGAAGAGCUCUGAUUAGUUGUUUCUCAGGCGUAGCCUCAUCUCUGUGGACUUGACCAUGUGAGGAGUGGGGGGAUUUGUUCUGCUGCUCAUCUGUACCGUGAGACUUAGUCUUGGGUAAGGAAUUUCCAUUGGAGGUAUUCAUACUCAUGUACAGAAAAUUGUGAAUCCUCUACUAAAUGCACUUGAUUAAAUCUAGUUUUAAAAAUCUCUGUAUUCAAAUUAUAUUUCCUGUUGAUGUAAAAAUAAUAAAGCAACCAAGUUCA